AUGAAAACGAAGGAAUAACUGAUGAGAAAUAACAAACAGAAAAUAAAUAUUCGGCUACUGGUGGAAAAUAUAAAAAAGGCGACGAAAAUUCGGAAAAUGAUUUUACAAUAAAAAUAUAUAUUUUUAACAAAAUGUAAACAAAACGUAAGUAAACUCUUACUUUCUUUUAGAUUCAUUAUAAUUCACAUAGAAGAAAGCAUGAUUUUUAUUUUUCGAGCAAAUAUUAUUUUAAAAAAUCGUUCUUUUAAAAUUUAAAUUUUUGCCGCCUUUAUUGAACUUCUAACCAGUAUACGAUGAUGGAAUUGGAGAAGAACGAAAAACGAUGAAACGAGGCGCAAGGUCGUUUGGUAAACAAAGAGGAAGGGAUUGCGAACAGAGGGUACACGCAACGAGGCCGGAGAGAAGAAAUGCGAAAGGGAAAGGGGAAAAGAAAAAGACAGAGCGAGAGAAGGAAAGGAUGAAACCGCUUGGCGCUCAUAUACGUUUAGCGAUGCGGCGUGCAGCGGUGACCGACUCGUUCGCGCAGACUCGGCCGUCUUCGUGUUCUCACCGGGUUUCCGCAAAGGGAAAUAAAGAAAGGAAGGCGACCAAGCGCGCGCGGGUCUCGCGCAAAAAUCAUUAAAACGCGUGCUCGAUUCGCGGCUGCGGCGUCGUUGUCGGCUCGUAGUCGACGAUUUAUUAGCGGGUACACAAGCGGGUGCCCACCCGCCGGCUUGUCACCUGGCUCCUCGCUCGUUUACCUCCACCCGCCUUUAACUUUCUUCAUCAUCCGUCCGUAAUCUCGAAAGAUUCUGGCCCACGGAGGCACACGAUUUCUUGGAGAAAACGAUCAUCGUCGGUCCAGUGUGUCCGCGCCGCCUCAACGUCGUACCACUCAUACGUUUUCCAUGUCUAGCGACGACGCGUGGAACGAACCAGAAACGAACGACACGCGACUUGGCAUGGAGUGGACUCGCGACAAGACUCUCGAGUUAUUGCGCGAGUAUCAACAAAGACGCGUCCUUUGGGAUUGGAACACUCGUGGUUAUCGCGAUCGAGCCAAGCGGAAACGCGCGAUUCAAGAACUCGCCGAGAUUCUUUGUUGCAACACGCUCGAAAUCGAGAAAAAGAUCACUAAUCUGAAGUGUCAGUAUUCGAGAGAAGUUCAUAAGAUACAGAAUAGCCGCGAUGCCGCUACCGGGCCCGAUGAUGUUUACGUAUCUAAGUGGUUCGCCUUUAAGGCGAUGCAGUUUCUGCAAUUUGGUACACGUAGAUACAGUAAGAGGAAGAAGAAAGUCGAUGAAGAGACGCCGAAGUUACAAGAAGAGUACAUAGUGAGUGACAUCGAUCCUGAGAGUAUAACGUUCACGGAUUAUAACGAGGAGACGAACGGAUCUGGAACUGGUUCGUUCAACGCUUCGCUGAGCGAGGAUGCCGAGGAGUCGUCGUCGUCGAGCCUGAAGGCGAUGGAACUGUACAACGGCUCGUUGCAAAAUCAAAACAGCCCGAUCUGCGACUUGGACGAGAGCGGGCAGAUAAAACUGGAGGCCACGUCGGACGAACGCAAGAGAACGAAAGAGGAGUUCGCGAAAUUUGCGGAGAGUAUCGCUGUGCAAUUGGCCGAAAUACCCGAUUCGUAUUCGAGAUCGGUGGCAAAGUUGAGGAUCAAUCAGAUCCUAUUCGAAGCCGAGAUAGGGGUUUACGCGCAAACGAGUCAUUAACAAGUGCACAAGUAUAUAAGUUUGUUUCGACGCCGUUCUUUUUUUUCUUUUUUUUUCUUUUUUUUUUUUUUUAAGAGAAUCAAAGAGCAGAUGGUUGUUUUCGAAAAUGAUGAAACGAAAUUUCAACGAAAAAGAUAAUUGUGCAGCGCACGCGUUGUUUUUUUCAUGUAUAAAAUUGAAGCGAGAAAUGAAUCGUGAAUGAGGCGACGCGUUCGUAUGGACGAGAAUACGCAACGAUGGACAAGAUUAACACUAUCAAUUAAUUUUGAUGGGCGCAAGAUGGGUCGGAGAGAUUUGAAACGAGAUAUGCUUUCGAACGAAUGGGUAUACUUAUAUGCAAUCGUUACAAAAGUAGAAAUGCAUUUUUAAUAUUACCGGGAUUUUAUCGUUACGUAGUAUCGUGGAUCGCGCUCCAAAUGUACGAUCAAUUUCGAUUUUCACGUAGUAUUAGUGUGUUAUCUUUAAUUUGAAAUUUAUCGGAAAAAUUUACGAAGAAUAUUUAGCGUUUCUGGCUUGUCUAUUUUAUAGAUCAAUUUUCAUGUGUGUUCAUCGGUUAAAUUUUAUGUGAAACAUAAAAUCGAUGAUUGAGAAGAGAUAAUGAAAGUUAUAUAUUUGAGAUUUUAACUGAAACGUGUUAAACAUAUUGAAAUCAAAGCUUGUACGAAACUUUUCAGAUAUAUACGAUUAUAUAAUAAAGCAUGAAAGUUAUAAUUAUAUUAUAUCGUACAAUGUAAUUUACCAGUUAAAUUCAGAAAUUUAAAUAGUUGAAAAUUUAAAUAGUUAGCGAAAAAAUCAUUUAGUAUAUCGCUUAUUGUAAAGAAAAAUUUGCGAUAAAGCGAAGGAUAUUUAGAAAAAUCGUUUAUAUUUAAUAUUCAAUAUUAUUUGUUUGACAAUCGAUUAGUUUUUUCCUGGGAAUUAAUUAUUCAAGGCCCCAGGAAUAAACUCGAACAUUUCUGCGAUUUAUAUAUUAUUAACGCGUUAAAAGUGAUAGAAUUGUAUGAAAUGAAAAAAAAAAAAAAAAAAUAUCGAGAACAAUUUUUUUAAAGAAUGGCGCUUUAUUUUAUAAAAAUUAUAUUAUUUUAUAAAAAUAAAAUUACCAUACUUUGAGAAAUUUUACAAAAACGUGAAAAAAAUCAUUGAUAUUUUAUAAUUCAAAGCCAGAAGCGCGCUUUAUUAUAAAGUUGAAUAGUGUUGAAUUUUUCCUUAUUUUGUUAAAAUUGAAAUAUUUUUUAAAUAUUUUUUUAAAUGUUUUUUUAAAGAACUAUAAUCCUUUGUACUCGAGGAAUUGAUACUUCCAAGUGUAUUUGAUGCAAAGGAUCGAAAGAUUUGCUAAUAAUUUCAGUUCUACAAAUUCAGAAAAAAUUCACGUUGUAUGAAGACUAGAGAUUCUUUUUCGAAUGAAAGAAUGCAAAUGAUUUUUUGAAAAUUCAUAAACGUGCAAUCUUAAAAAAUAUCAAUUUGCAAUAACAAAUUGCAUUUGCCUCUUCGAGUACAAAAGAUUAAUAGCGUUAUUGUUUUAGAAUUCGAUUCAUAAGAAAGACUGUAUUUUAAACGAUGCUAUUUUUCCUGAUUUUAUUUGUUUGUUUGUCAUGAUAAUGCCAAUCGAAUAUUUUUUAAAUGAUCUUUGCUCGAUCGUUAUACAAUCGUAAAACGAAAUGUUACUCAUAUUCGAUAAAAAUAGCGGAUAUGUGAUUUUAGAUGAGAAAAUAAGUCAAAAGUCCACGUCACUUAAGUCAGGUUGAAUAGAAUAACAAAGCUCAUUGUAAUAUGUUAAAUAUGUAUAUUAUAUACAUAUUUAAAAUGUUUGAAUUUUAUAGGAUUUUAAAAUUAGUCGUCGAGGUUUAUUCGUUAAAAUGGAUAGGUAAUUGCUAAUUAUAAAUAUCGAUUUUGUUGUUGCAGAAUGUUUUAAUGAGGAAAUAGUAAUUAAUACAUAUUUGUGAAACGAAUCGUAUUUUAAAUCUCAUUUACAUUUAAACGAAGUCAACCCAUUUAACGGCACCCAUUCGUCAUUUAUAAAACCUGACUUAUAGACGAUUUAGAAUAUAAGUAUAUAUUCCAUUGGUAUUGUUUCAGGGCUUUAAAGUAAACGUAGUAAAGUGUAUAGAUAGAAAACUAUUUUUUAUUGAAAAUACAAUCCCUCCUUAAAGUCGAAGAUAAGUCAUCUUCAAAUUACUUGAUUAAUUCUUGUUUAAGUAUAUAAUAAGUUAUGUUUGUAUUUUAUAACGUAUCAAUUAUGUUUUUCGUUAAUAGUUAAAUAUAAAGAAAAACUAGAUAGUAAUAAUUGUACACAAAGUCCAUCAGUCUCCGGUGUAUGUCUUUAUAUAAUGCAUUUGUUAUUGUUCCUGAUUUUGCGAUAGUUUUUAUUUUUGUAUUAAUUAUGAUUCUUUUUAGAAUCUUUACUUAUGAUGGUUAAAUUUUAGAAUAUAUAUACAAAUUGAUUGGUUCUUUGUGAAAUAUAUAAAUUUUUUUUUAUUCUUAUUAAAUGAGAUUCAUUUUAAAAUUUAAAAUCGUCAAAGAUUAUAUUAUUUCUCUAGAAUGAAUCUAUUUUUCAUUUUCUAGCAAUUUUUUUCAUCAUAUUUUACCCAUUUAAUUUAUUCGUCUUAUUCGAUAUUAAUAAUUUUUAACAAUUUCGUUGGUUAAAUCGAUUCUUAAAUUAAUCCCUUUGGAAAUAUAAUUUGAAUAAACAUCUCGUAUAAACGUAAUAAUGUAACAUUAUUUUAAAAAAUUAAAAUUGACGAAAUCACAGUAUAAUUGUUACAAUAAUCGACGAUUUAUAGGCACAGAAAUACUGUAAUAAUAAAGUUAGUGAAAUCAAAAUGAAUAAAAUUACUUAAAAAUUU